CCUGUACUGGUGCUGGAAGUGGUAAGACUGCAGUCAGCCUGGUUCCUUGUUAUUAGUCCUAGUGGAGAUCGGGGAUCAUGGACAUUGAAGCAUAUUUUGAAAGAAUUGGUUAUAGGAAUUCUAGGAAGAAACUGGACUUGGAAACAUUAACUGACAUUCUUCAGCACCAGAUCCGAACCGUUCCUUUUGAGAACCUUAACAUCCAUUGUGGGGAAGCCAUGGAACUGGGCUUGGAGGCCAUAUUUGAUCAAAUUGUGAGGAGGAACCGUGGUGGGUGGUGUCUCCAGGUCAAUCAUCUUCUGUAUUGGGCUCUGACCACAAUUGGUUUUGAGACUACAAUGUUGGGAGGGUAUGUUUACAGUACUCCAGCCAACAAAUAUAGCAAUGCUAUGAUUCACCUUCUGCUGAAGGUGACUACUGAUGGCAGGAAUUACAUAGUGGAUGCUGGGUUUGGACGCUCUUACCAGAUUUGGCAGCCUCUGGAGUUAAUUUCUGGGAAGGAUCAGCCUCAGGUGCCUUGCAUCUUCCAGUUAAGAGAAGACAAAGGAAUCUGGUACUUGGACCAAAUCAGAAGAGAACAGUACAUUUCAAAUCAAGAAUUUCUUGAUUCUGAUCUUCUGGAAAAGAACAAAUACCGAAAAAUAUACUCCUUUACUCUUGAACCUCGAACAAUUGAAGAUUUUGAGUCUGUGAAUACAUACCUUCAGAAAUCUCCAACAUCUGUGUUUACAAGCAAGUCAUUCUGUUCCUUGCAGACCUCUGAAGGGGUUCACUGUUUAGUGGGCUGCACCCUUUCCUAUAGAAAAUUCAAUUUUAAAGACAAUAUGGAUUUGGUAGAGUUUAAGAUGCUGAGUGAGGAAGAAGUAGAAAAAAAGCUUAAAAAUAUAUUUAAUAUUUCCUUGGAGAGAAAGCUUGUGCCUAAACAUGGUGAUCAAUUUUUUACCAUUUAGUAUAAGGAGUAAAAAUGGCCUUUGGUAUUACUUCAUGUCCUGAAACUUUUUAUUAUAAAAAAUUUUAAACAUAUACUAGAGAAAAUAAAAUACUAAAUGUCUGUAUCACCCAAUUUAUCAAUUAUUAACUACCAUAUUUCUUCAAUGUUCACACAUUAUACCAAAGAAAAUUUUACCCUUAAAAAUAUCAGCAUUUAAAAUUACAAAGUUAUAGUCAUCAAAACAGUAUGGUACUGGCACAAAAACGGACACAAAGCUCAAUGGAACAGAAUAGAGAACCCAGAAAUGGAUCCACAACUGUAUGGUCAACUAAUCUUCAAUAGAGCUGGAAAGAAUAUCCAGUGGAAAAAAAGACAUCACCUUCAACAAUAGUGUUGGGAAAACUGGACAGCUACAUGCACAAAAUGAAACUGGACCAUUUUCUUAAACCAUACACAAAAAAUAAAUUCAAAAGACUCAGUGUAAGACAGGAAACCACCAAAAUCCUAGAGAAGAACACAGACAUAAACCUCUUUGACCUGGGCUGCAGCAACUUCUUGCAAGACCCAAUACCAGAGGCAAACAAAAGCAAAAAUGAACAACUGGGACUUCAUCAAAAUAAAAACCUUCUUCAUAAUGAAGGAGACAAUAAAACUAAAAUGCAGCCCAUGGAAUGGGAGAAGAUAUUUGCAAAUGACCUUACAGAUACAGGGUUAGUAUCAAGAUCUAUAAAGAAUUUAUCAAACUCAAUAUCCCCCAAAAACAAAUAAUCCAGUUAAGAAAUACAUGGAAGACAUGAAUAGACACUUCUCCAAAGAAAGACAUACAAAUGGCUAACAGACAAAUAAAAAAUGCUUAACAUCACUCAUCAGCAGGGAAAUAAAAAUCAAAACUACAGUGGGAUAUCACCUAACCAAUCAUAAUGGUUAGUUAAAAAAAAAAAAAAAAAAAAACAGGUGUCAGAGAGGGUAUGGAGAAAGGGGAACCCUCUUGCACUGUUGGUGGGAAUGAAGACUGAUGUAGCCACUCUGGAGAACAGUUUAGAGGUUCCUCAAAAAGCUAAAAAUAGAACUCCCUACAAUCCAAAAAUUGCAUUCUUAGGUACUUAACAAAAAGAUACAAAAUAUAGAUUCAAGGGGGGUACAUGCACCCUGAUAUUACAGCAACAUUAUCAACAAUAGCCAAACUAUGGAGAGAGACCAAAUGUCCAUCAACUGAUGAAUGGAUAAAGAAGUUUUAUAUACAUAUAUGUGCCACCUCCAUUGCAUACAAUAUAUAUAAUGGAAUAUUAUUCAGCCAUCAAAAAGAAUGAAAUCUUCCAUUUGCAAUGGAAGAAAGACAAAUACCAUAUGGUCUCACUCUUGUGUGGAAUUUAAGAAAGAAAAUAGAUGAACAUAUGGGACAUGGGAAAAGAAGAAAAGGGGAGAGGGAAACAAGUCAUAGGUGACUUUUAACAAUAGAGAACAAACAGGGUUGAUGGAGAGAGGUGGGUGGUGCAUGGGCCAGAUGGAUGAUCAGUAUUAAAGAAGGCACCUUUGUUGAGGCACCUGUGUGGCUUACUCAGUUAAGUGUCUGCCUUCAGCUCAGAUUAUGAUCCCAGGGUCCUGGGACCAAGUCCCACAUUGGGCUCCCUGCUAAGUGGGGAGUCUCCUUCUCUCUCAGCCUCUUCCCCUGCCCCUGCUCAUGCUCUAUCUCACAAUCUAUCAUAAUAAAUAAAUAAAUAAAUAAAAUCUUUAGAAGUAAAAAUAA